AUGUACGGCGACACAUUCCAGGACGAGGAGCUUGAAGACCUCAACACCGAGGACAUGAUGAUGAUCAUGAAUCCCGAUAUGAGGAGGAGGAGGGGUGGUGCGACGACGCAGACGCUGGAAGAAGCGAGUGCUCUCAUCCAGGCUCUAGUCGAAAGGUCACCCCCUGAAGGGCUAGGGAUUGAGAAAGUCUCUGACGCUGAUGACAAGGACGCAGAGAAUAAUCAACCGGAAAAACAUCGGACGCCCCUGCAGAAGUUCCGGGCCAUCGCCAACAAGGUCAAGCACAACCUCAGGUGGUCCAAGCUCCUGCCCACCGAAGAAGACUCGAAAUCGUUCACGGUCCGUCAGGCCGACGGCGCGGAGGAGAACGUCCUCACCUUCGACGUCAGUGCCUUCAAAUCGAACGUCCAGUCGGUGAGCACGCUGCCCCCACGGGCCAAGAAGAUCAUGAGGAAGGAAACGUGGGAGAGGACCAAAGAAGAGCUCCACUAUCUCUACGGUUUUGUUGAUAGGCUAAAAAGUUUCAACCGCUACUCGAAGACCAUCCGACAUGAACUGGCGGGCGUUUUAUACUUCGAUUCCUUCGAGGCCGGGCGGUUGAUCGUCAAGCAGGGCCACCCCGGGCUCGCUUUCUAUUUCAUCCUCUCAGGCUCGGUCGUCUUUGAAGUCAACGAGACGGAUACACGGACAGUUGAUUCUGAAUUCCUUCGUGUGGACAAACCUGAUUUUGACAUGGUCCUGCGUCGCAGUUACCAACAGGAAUGGGAUAACCGAUUCCAGACACUCAGUUCACUAUCAACGUUUAGUGAAUGGAUAACUGAUGAGGUGGUAGCAACCACUGACAGAGCGAAGAUCAUUGAAUAUCCGCCUAACACCGUCAUUCUGAGUGACAUCCAUGGCGCACCCGACGAUGUCUACUUCAUCAUGUCUGGCGACGUCAAGAUCGUUCGCGAAGUCGUUCUCCUUCAGAAUCGCCUGCCCUUCGGGAGGAUCAAGCUCACCCCGCCACCGAUGCGUGACGACCACGGGGUGUCGCCCGACUUCAAACCCGAGAAAUACCAGAAGCUGGUUAGCAAACUCCUAAAUAUUGCGACCAUCGGGAAGGGGGACUUCUUCGGAGUUGGUGAAGAUCUACGCAAGACGCACUUGAUCUCGAUCCACAAGGUCGAGUGCAUGCUCGUCUCACGGGUGGCCUUCCAGCGCCACGACCGCGGCAAGUGCUUGGUGCCCAUGAAGGAAGCGGUCGAGGAAAACUAUCCGACCUACGACGAGACCUUCGCUGGCUACCUCGUCGACAAGAGAUGGCGCGCGUACAAGCACAAUUUGGUAAAGGAGGUGGCUAGCAAACGACAUUAUCCACAUCAAACGACCAUCGACGAUGUGCCCCUUAUUCUUCGGCGGGAAAACUCACUGUCAACGAAAUAAGGGAUCACUCGGUGUAAUGAGUAGUUAUGAAUUUAAGUGUUUCAAAGAGCUCGCUUGAGGGGAUGGAACAAAUCUAGUGUUGUUUUUGUCCUUCUAUCCGUUGCCGUUGUUAACCAAAGUGUCAUCACAGUCAUGAAUGGCCAUGAUUUAGGAUUUACAAACUGCAAUAUAAUGAAUGGAUUUUAUGUGGAGAUGUAACAUAAAGAAGGAGAAGGGGGUAAGACUUAAGGAAAAUGUCUUAAAGAUGCAGAUGGUA